CACAUGUGGUGGGAAGUUCUAAGGCUGGCAAACGUGUGUUUAUUGAAACUGAAGCGUUCAUAAUCUGAAAGAGAAAUCGUGACAAGUCUGCAGUAUUAACCGAAGGAUAAGUAAGCCUGUAAUAUAAGACCGAGGAUGCGACAUGAACCUGGGCCUAUCCAGAUCGUGACCGUCAACAAGGAGAAUCACUCCUUUGACCUGGAUACAGAGGCGCUCAGUCGAAUUCUGUUGGAACCUGAGAUCCGAGAUAAGGAUGUGGUGGUGGUGUCGGUCGCAGGUGCCUUCCGAAAGGGGAAAAGUUUCUUUUUGGAUUUCAUGCUCCGAUACAUGUAUAAGAAGCCUGGUCAGGACUGGCUUGGAAGGGAGAACGAGUCCCUGACAGGGUUCUCCUGGAGGGGAGGCUCAGAGCCAGAGACCACUGGCAUCCAGCUAUGGAGUGAAGUCUUCGUGGUGCAGAAGAAGGAUGGAAGUGAGGUUGCAGUGCUUUUGAUGGAUACACAGGGAGCAUUUGAUUCUCAGUCCACAGUGAAAGAUUGUGCCACCAUCUUUGCCCUCAGCACCAUGACCAGCUCUAUCCAGAUUUAUAACCUGUCGCAGAAUAUUCAGGAAGAUGAUCUACAGCAACUUCAGCUUUUUACAGAGUAUGGCCGACUGGCAAUUGAUGAAAUCUUUCUGAAGCCUUUUCAGUCGCUUAUGUUUUUGAUCAGAGACUGGAGUUUCCCUUACGAAUACAAAUACGGUUUUAAGGGAGGAAGUGAUUUCUUGGACAAACGAUUGCAGGUGAAGCAGACUCAGCAUCAGGAGCUUCAGACAGUGAGAGAGCACAUUCGCUCCUGUUUCACCUCCAUUUCCUGUUUUCUGUUACCACACCCUGGCCUGAAGGUGGCAACAAGCCCUGCUUUCACGGGACAGCUGUGUGAUGUGGCUCCAGAGUUUAAGGAUGAGUUGCGUGUACUCAUUACCAACCUGCUGAAGCCUGACGAACUGGCUGUGAAAGAGAUCAAUGGGAAUAAGGUGACCUGCAGAGGCUUGUUAGAAUACUUCAAGGCAUAUAUCAAGAUAUAUCAGGGAGAAGACCUUCCACACCCUAAAUCCAUGCUAGAGGCUACAGCAGAGGCCAAUAACCUUGCGGCCGUGGCGUCAGCUAAAGACCAGUACUACAAGAAUAUGGAGAAGGUUUGUGGUGGAGAUCUGCCAUAUGUGGAUCCUAACUCACUGGAGGAAAAGCACCAUUUCAUCUUGCAAGAGGCCCUCCAUCUCUUUUCUAGCACUAAGAAGAUGGGUGGGAGGGACUUCUGUUACCGUUACCAGGAACAGUUGGAAAAAGAGCUGAAGGAGCUGUGGGAGUCUUUCAGCAAGCACAAUGAGUCAAAGAAUCUUUUCAGUGCUUUCCGGACACCUGCUGUGCUUUUUGUCCUGGUUUGCCUCCUGUAUGUGCUGUCUGGAAUCUUGCUGUUCAUUGGCCUGGAAACAAUUUCCUUUGCAUGUGACUGUGUACUUGGUCUGGCCAUGAUUGCUGUGCUGACCUGGGCCUUUAUUCGUUACUCUGGCCAAUACAGAGAAGUAGGCAUAGCCAUAGACCAGGUGGCUGGAGUCCUACUGGAGCAGGCCACAGAUGUGUUAAACAAGACAAGAGGUCAGGGUCAGAUGGCUGCAAAACAGAAGAAAACAAGAUAGCUUCUCAGGCAAACUAGAAGAUGCCUGAACGAGAUGUAAACUGCACAACGCAACCAACUAUAUUAUACCAAAUAACGCACAUCUCCAAACAUUACACUUAAAUCUCUAGUUCUAAUGCAGGUUGACUGAUUUUGUCAAAAUGUCUUAACCAGAUUUUAAAAUAUCAAUACAAGUGUUUAUAUAUAUACAGGUGCAUCUAAAAAAGAAAAAAUUUCUUUCCGUAAUUUCAUUAAAAAAAGUAGGACUUUCAUAUAUUCUAGAUUCAUUACACAUAAAGUGAUAUAUUUUUAGCCUUUUUUUUUUUUUUUUUUUUGUAAUCUUGAUGAUUACGGCUUAAAGUUAAUGGAAAUCAAAAAUGCGGUAUCUCAAAAUAUUAGAAAAAAAAAUUAUUAAACAGAAAAGUCGACAUUCUGAAAAGUGUUAAUUUAUGCACUAAAUACUUGGUCGGGCUCGUUUUGCAAAAAUUACUACAUCAAUACAGCGUGGGAUGGAAGUAAUCAGCCUGUGGCACUGCUGCGAUGUUAAGGAAGCCCAGGUUGCUUUGAUAUUGGCCUUCAGUUCAUCUGUAUUGUUGGGUCUGGUGUCUCUCAUUUUCCUCUUGACAAUACCCCAUAGAUUCUCUAUGGGGUUCAGGUCAUGCGAGUUGGAUGGCCAAUCAAGCAUAGUAAUACCAUGGUCAGCAAACCAGUUACUAUUAGUUUUGGCACUGUGGGCAGGUGCCAAGUCCUGCUGGAAAAGGAAAUCAGCAUCUCCAUAAAGCUUGUCAGCAGAUGGAAGCAUGUAGUUCUCUAUAAUCUCCUGAUAGACUGCUGCAUUGACUCUUGACUUGAGAAAACGCAGUGGACCAAUACCAGCAGAUGACAUGGCACCCCAAAUCAUAACUGACUGUGGAAACUUUACACUGGACUUCAAGCAACUUGGAUUCUGUGCCUCUCCACUGUUAAUCCAGACUCUGGGACCUUGAUUUCCAAAUUAAAUGCAAAAUUUACUUUAAUAUGAAAAGAGGACUUUGGACCACUGAGCAAUAAUUUUUUGCAGUAAUUUGUGCAAAAGGAGCCCCGACCAAGGAUUGAGUGCAUAAAUUAACAUACUUUUCAGAAGGUCGAUAUUUCUGUAUUAUGAAUUAUUUAUUCGAAUAUUUUGAGAGACUGGAUUUUUGAUUUCCAUGUGCUGUAAGCUGUAAUCAUCAAGAUUACAACAAAAAAAGCUUGAAAUAUUUUACUUUGUGUAAUGACUCUAGAAUAUAUGAAAGUUCCACCUUUUCAAUUAAAUUGCGGAACUUUCCCACGAUAUUCAAAUUUUUUUAGAUGCACAUCUCUCUCUCUAUCUAUCUAUCAUAUAUAUAUUAUAUGGCCAAAAAUCACAAACCAGCAGAUGUUUUUUCAGGGACAAGUAUGGAUUUAGCUCAAGGGCUAAACUCUUCACACAGCUGCAUUAACACGUUUACAGUUGUUCAUUCCAUUACAGCCAAAGACUUCUGUAAUGUCACAAACGUCCUUCAUAGCAGGUCAAGUUUGUGUAACUGCACUUUCUAUGUUCUCUGUUUAUUCUCUUUAGCCAGGAAUACCUUUACACACUGCCAUUAUUUAAGCUUGAGCCUGAUAUGAUGUUUAGUAUUAAACAUGUAAUGACACCAUGAUAUGUGACCUUUAUUAGAGCUUUGUUCUAUAUCUUUGUACCAAAAUGUGGCCUUCUAUGCAUUCCAUCAUUCCUUAAUUUAUAAAGUUGUUUCACUUGUAUUGGGUUGCAUGGGUAACAAACAUGUAUUAUUCCAUCCCAGUAUUCUUGAGUGCUGGACUGGUGCUGUACACCUCUUCUUAACUGCUGGCAUGUUGUUGAGUGUUCAAAACCAUUGACACAUUCUUAAAGUUAGACUGAAAGCAUUGAAAGAAAAGGCCAUUUUUAACAGGGUCUUAGGAAAUGAUCAGUCAAUGUACUAUGAGCAUUCUCUAAAACUGAGAGGUUCAGCAAUUUUAAUACUUGUAUAUCAUGUUAGUAAAACUAACAAAUGUUGAUUUGAACUGUUUGGAGUAGUGCUGUCGUAAUAUGGUUAUUGUAAUCCGCUUCAGUAGUUAUUAUAUUAAAUUGAAAUUUUUGUUAGUCAGCAUUCCAUAUGUUUAAUGUGGGGAUGACAAUGGUACAUGUGGAGGAGCUCACAAAUAUCUCCAAAGAAUAUUUUUUUUUAAUGCACAGCCAGAUUUUAAAUGAAAGACAUUGACAAUGAAAAUAUGCAUAUCAUGGCCCUGAGGCAUACAAGUCACCUGUCUGUAAUGUCUAUUUGUGAAAUUGUUAUUUGUUGCGCUCAAUGGCACCCGAGCCUCAGUUUGGGGCUUUCAGUGUCUCAUCACAUGCUCUGCUCUCCAUCAUCGAUUGAGUGGAAAUUGCCUAAACUGACCUACUGGGGAUGACUGUGUCCCCUUUGUGUAUCAUUUACUGUUCUAUGAACAUUCUAUAUUCCUAAAAUAAAGCUAUAAGCAUGC